AUGGACGCCAAAGCGACGAAAUUACUGCCGAGCGCGGGAAAUUUUGAAAACGCUAAAGCGACAACGUGCAAAGAAGCCAUUCAGAGAUGGGAAGAGAAAACGGGACUGGUCGCGAGCGAGCAAAAAGAGAUAAUUUUAUCCUUCCAGUGGCCUCCGAUUGAGAGAAUGGAUAAUAGUUUGGCAGCGUUAAUUAACGUCGAGAAGCUAUCCUUAUCGACAAAUUUAAUAGAAAAGAUCAGCGGUAUUAAUUCGCUGAAAUACCUGAGGAUCUUGUCUCUGAGCAGAAACAAUAUCAAAACAUUCUCGGGAUUGGAGGCGAUUGGUGACCAUCUGGAGGAGUUGUGGAUAUCUUAUAACUUGAUUGAAAAGAUCAAAGGCGUCAAUGCUCUCAAAGCGCUCAAGGUUUUGUACAUGGGCAACAAUCUGGUGAAAGAUUGGGCGGAAUUUAAUCGUCUGCAGGAGAUACCUAAUCUUCAAGAUUUGUUGUUCAUUAACAAUCCUAUAUGCGAGAACAUGGACGCGGAAUCGUGGCGCGCGCAAGUUGUCAGGCGAUUGCCUGGGUUGAAAAAACUCGAUGCGAUACCAGUCGUGUAUGCUACGCGUUCUUUAAUAUUUUUUAUAUAUAUGUUAUGCCGCUUUUUGUAUAGGUCACAUUUAAAGAAAGGUUUCUUUCCCUCUUUCAGGCACGCAGGCGAAGAUUAAACUAUUAAAGGACUAUUAAAAAUAGAGAUUAUCAAUUGGAGUAGAUUUGCGCGUUGCAAGUAAAAAUUUAUAUUUACAAGAUGAGUUAUUUCAACAAUAAAAUUGUUAUAAAAACAAUAAUAACUUAGAA